CCGGUUGCCAAGCAACCGAUCAUGUUGCAAAAUAAACAAUCAGAACCCAAGCCUAGUCGUGAGCAAAUUUACUUUCUUAUUUUAUUACUCGUGUCAACAUUUUAGAUAGAUAUUAUCCGAUUUACGAGCUUCUGAAUCAUGUGUUUUUGAUUCUUCACCGCCAAAAUGGUCCUACUGCCUGUUUGUACGCCGGAUGUUUGCGGGAGAGAUUUCAGAAGUUCAUUGAAAAAACCGAGCCCAAACUAUCCAUAUGGACUCAAGACAAGGAAGCCACGGUUGGUGCCAGCGUUUACCAUCCAGGCUAUGCAGAAGAACACGAAGGUCAUACCACCUCCGAAAUGUGGCGUUUACGACCCUCUGCCGCAGAGGCCGACUAUGUUCCGAAGUUGUUAUCAGAGAGGCGAGUUUCCUGUGUGUAUCGAGUUCACUAGCUGUGGGAAGAAACUGUCUUGGAAGGUUCCUAUUGAGAAGUUAGAUUUCCAUCAUUAUUUGCCGAUGUUCUUUGACGGUCUUGCUGAGGGGACAUAUCCCUUUGCUUUCAUAGUCGAGCGUGGCAUUCACGACCUUGUGACGAAGGGGGCAUACAAAGUGCUACCAGUUGUCCCGCAACUUAUUAUUCCAAUUAAAAAUGCACUCGCAACAAAGCGCCCGUCUGUGUUGUGCCACGCUCUCACCUGUAUACAAAUGCUUGUAACGGGGUGCGACCGAGUGGGCGAAGCACUCGUUCCCUACUACAGGCAAAUAUUGCCAACCCUCAACCUAUUCAAAGAUAGAAGUCGUAACGUAGGCUCUGGUAUUGACCAGUCGUCUUCCGAGGGUGGAAAUGUUGCUGAUAUGAUCGAAGAAACUCUCCAGAUUCUCGAGAGAUAUGGAGGUCCAGACGCCUUCAUCAACAUCAAAUACAUGAUACCAACUUAUGAGUCAUGUGUUCUUAAUUAGUUUAGAUAGUUUUAGUUUAGUUACACGGUGCGGAGAUAUAGACUAAAAAUUUAUCGUUUUGUUGGGACUGGGCUUUUUAAAUUAAUGUUGGGAAUAUUUAAAAUUAAGAGGUUUGGUUUCCAAGAAAUGAUUGUAUAAUCUCAGCAACAGUACUCUUGUAAUUUUAUUUGUUUUUAUUUUUGUUAGCUUUUUAUUGAACUGUUAAGUUUAUGAAUAAAUUUUAUGUAGUGAAA